AUGGACCAUGCCCACGCAACACCAUCGCCUUUCCGUACAGAAAAGCCCGUCAUAGAUAUAAAGCAGGGUACUUCAAUUCGGGUCGAGACUGAGGAAGUGUUUACAUCCCUGCCAAGCACCCCAACUCUCGCAGACAGACCGAUGGAGUAUGAUCGCGUGGCAAUUGCUGGAUUACCCAAGCAAACCGUAGUCGGCUUCAAUUUGUCUACGCACCCAGGAUUCAAUUCAUGUCGACAAGACGUCACUGAAAAUCAAUCGAACUUCUUGCCAGCCUCGCGAGUAGAUAUCCUGACUGUUUCAGGGCCUGAGACGUUCCAUGACGAUCAGAAUGACGCACAAGUCGAGGCAAUAAUGAAUUCGAGCACCGGCAAUCCGGCUAUGAUGGCAAUAUGCAUCAAGCUUGAAGCGAACCCGGAUGCAACCUUUGAGCAGACAUCGUGGAUCUCAAAGUCGCUCGUGGAGAGACUCUUCAAGUCCUAUGACAUUCAUAGUGGCUUCCUACUCGACCUUAUCGGACGUCCUAACUAUUGGUCUGCGGUAUCCCAGGUGAAGUCUGAUGUUAAGUAUAAAAAGGACGUAUUUGAGUUCUUCUGUCAGCAUCCGCGAUGGCAUCCAAAAAGCCGGUACGACAAGCAAAAGAAUGCCAUGCAAGGGAACAGGGCACCUUGUUCUCUCUACAUGACAUAUUGCACUGCUACUGACACUACAAUUUACCUCAUUGUUGCUCCGGAUGAUGGGAUUUGGUUUGCCUUUUUAGACACAAUACGGCUUGCCGUUCGUGAAGGUAGCGAUAGUCUGAUUUCAGGGCGUGAGCUGGCAUCGAGUCCUUUUUUCAUCCACUCUAUGAUUUCUAAUAUCGCCUUUGAGCAAGCCGCUGUCUACACUGCUGAUGCGCGAGUUAAAUUGAUGAUCCAGCUGCACAAGGUCAACAACUACUCUGACAGCCUGGAUUCCGCGGGGAUGGGGAACCGAGAUCCUCGCGACUCUGAGACGCGACAGACAUUAUCUUCGAUUACCCGGCAGCUGCAUGAUGUAUCUCAAAUGAUUGAUACGGCGCUUGGAAGCUCAAGUGCAGCCGUGAAGCUCAGCACGAAAUUACUCCAGGCGCAUGAGGAGUUUUGCCGGCGCACCGGCCGUGGGGCAACUGGCACGGCCGUCAGUCGCACACAGACAGCAAUUCAGUAUGUACAUGAUGCAUACCUCUGUCAACAGAGCUGGCUCGAGCAGUACAAAGCCAGGAAAGAAACAGCCAUGAAUCUUGUAUUCAACAUGGUUACUCAAGACGACAGCUUUAUCACGCUUAACACAUCUUACCAGAUGUCACAAGACAGCGCCUCUAUACAUGCCCUCACAGUACUUGCUAUGAUCUUCCUUCCAGGUACCUUUACAGCUGUAUGGUUCACUACUGGAUAUGACCUGGGAUGUUACCGUGCUGACAAUAUGGUAUGCCCGUAG